AUGGCUUGCUUUGGGGUGAUACUGAGCGUUCUGUUAACUAGUAGAGAUCCGAGGGAGCGGGCAUUGUCGGACCGAGAGGAUGGGAGUGGCAGUGGGGGAAGUGUAGGACGGUGGCGCGACGAAUCAGUGGAGCCGCGAGAAGCUGUAGAUAAAAGUAUGAGAGGUGAAGGGGUGGCAGAAGAAGAAGAGAUGGUGUUGGCAUUGAGAAUUGCGGGUGUGUGCGCAUCAGAAUUGCCCGAGGACAGGCCCUGCAGCGAUGAGCUACUUCAUCUCCAUCAUCAUGCUCUCUCUUCCCACCAACCACCAAAUCAAAGGCCUUCUCAAUGCCUACGAGGUCCCUACGAAGGCACCCCACUUCUCAAACUCAACGUCAACGUCCCACCCUACAAGCAUAGAGCUUUUCCAGCUGAGGCUUGUGACACUGUUGGAGGGGAAGCUUGCGAUGUUGACAUGUAUCCGGAAGUAAAACUAAAACCAGAGGCCAAGAGGGGGGGCGGUGUUUCGGAGCCUGUUGAUAGAGAGCAUCUACAGUAUGACCGCCCCAAGACAGUCUUUCCAGCGGAGGCUUGUGAUGAUCUGGGGUGGUGAAUUCUGUGAUCCAGAGUAUCAAAAAGGAGUUUACUAUAAAAUCUUAAUGGGAA